UUUGCCCACGCUCAAGGCCUGCAGCGAGCUGGGAGGGCAGCAGCCAGUCCAGCUCCGCUGCAUCCCAGAGCGACCCCAGAGGGACGGCAGGUUGCGGACGGUUUAAACCAGGGGAAUUUUUGCUACGGGGCCAGCACAAAUAUUUGCUUUAGUGUGCGCUGGGGAGAGGGGGGGACGAGCAGAGGAGAGCAGCUGCCGGUGGCCAAGAACAUCCACGGGGAGAGCAAUGCCAGAAAAAUGCAAGAUCAACGAGCUUCCCCUGCUGCUUCCCUCGGGGUCCCGCUCUCCUCCCGGAGCCCCCGCACCCAAAAUCCCACAGCAGCCGGGCCAGGCACCCGCGGGAAGCGCUGGCAGCCCCCCGCCGCAGCGGCCGGGGCAGGAAACACCGACGGGGGUGGCGGGGAGCCGGCACGGAGGGGGGGUCCCGAGCAUCCCCGAUGGCGGCCGCCCCUCCCUCCUCUUCCUCCUCCUCCUCCUCCUCCCACCGGCCGGCCCAGAGCCCUCGCAGCCGCGGGGCCGGCCGGGGGAGAGGGGCUGAAGGGCCGGCGGGCGCAGUGCCGUGCCGAGCCGUGCCGUGCCGUGCCGGUCCGUGCCGUGCCAUGCCGUUCUACAAGCGGAGCGUGGUGGCUCGGCGGGGCCGGGCGAUGCCGCUGGUCGAGCUGCGGGACGUCUGCAGCCUGGCGGCGCUCACCCUGCUCCGGCAGCUCGCCGACCUGUGCGGCCACUCGCUCGCCUUGCUCGGGGACAUCGAGGGCCACGUCGCGGCUCUGGGCCGCCGCACCGGGCGGCUGCACCGCCGGGCCUCCCGCCUGCAGGCGCUGCUGCGGGGCCGCCCGCUGCGCGGGGCAGACCCAGGUAAGCCCCCUCCCGGGGCCCCCGCGCGCCCCCCCCCCCGGGACCCCCGUCGCGGGGGCUGCCGCCUUCCAGCCGCUCCGGCCAGCCCCCCCUCGCCUCCCUUAGCUCCGGGGACAAGCGACCGUCCCCUCCUCGCUGCGCUCUCGGCCUCCUGGGAGCCGCGGCUGGGGAUAUGGGGAGGAGACGCCACCGUCACCCAAGCUGAUACCUGCAGUAGGGCAGAGCCAGUGUUGUCACCGUACGUGCUGGACCGCUGUCCCCUGGAGGAGGAGCUGGCCCUGGUGGUGGCCAGAUGGUCCCCUCCUGGUCGGUAG